AUGCUGCGUGGUACAACGACGCAGUCAUCUGCAACUGACGCGAUGUCUCAGGUUUCACUCGUACAUGCGUCGGACAGCGUUCGUGCUGUGCCUUCUUCAGCAGCGUCAAUCGUGCCGUCUGCAUUUCAGCCAUCUAAUCGAGUGAUGACGAAGCCUCCAAUCCGUGUAGUCGCGCAACCGCCGUCCCGGUUUUCUUCACAAUCACAGCACUAUCCGGCCUCCUCUGCCGCUGCAUCCACUAUACCGCUGAACACCUCGCAAUGCAUGGUCUCCAGUCAGCCGAAGCUGUCCAUGUACACUUUGCCGACAAUUAGUGUCCCUCCGAUGGCUAACAGAAGCUAUAACGAAAUGGUGGAGUUCGCCGAGCAACAAAGGAAACAAAUCGAAGCGAAUCGCCGAGAAGUGGAUCGACGACAAGCAAUGCGCGCUCACAGUGGUACUGACGCGGUUCAUAAGAUAAACAUGAUACGAAGGGAUCUGGCCGAAGAGGAGGGGGAAUUGAGAAGGUUAUCCGAACUGGAAAACGAAACUCGUAAUUUGUCGAAGCGAAACGGUGAGAAAGAAGCUGAAUUGAGUCAUCUUAGUGCGGAACUACGCGAGCAACAAAAUAUACUUCGAACUGCUGCUGGAAGAGUGGAGAUCCUAAGACGACAGAUUGAAGAAUUAUAUCGAAGGCGACAAGCUGCAGCUGCAGCUGCGCUCUCUGAGCAGCGAAAAAUGCAACAACAGGCUGUUCGACUGCAAGAGACAACCCGAAGUGCAGCGAUCGUCGAACGUCCCAGAGCUUCGGUUGAACCUUUCCAAGUUAACGUUCCAAUUCAACGUGACCCAGAACCGGAUACGAAGGAAGACAAGUGCACAGUCGUUGAUGUUUCGUUGGACAGCGAGGAUUCAUCGAAACCGAUACCAUCACCUCCAUCCGAACCAGUCGAAAUCGCACCAUUUCUUCCGAAAUAUCCGCCACCAUCAAUAAAUGACCCAGGAUCGAGCAAUCGUUCCGAUGCAAGCCCGUCUCCUCCGAAAGAUCCUCAUCCUACUGCAGGAGAACUUCCAACGUCAACCGCCGAAGCACCAGAGAAGCCCAUGAGAAUGAGGGAACUUGUACGACAGCAAGAGUUUUCGAUAUCAUCCUUCGCUGAUAGUCUGGAUGAGUCGAGACUCAGAAGCGGCAAAACAGAUUUGGUAUCCAUCAGGACAGACUCUCUCAAAGCCGCAAAGAGACGAUCAUGGGCUGCUUCUGAGGGAACAACAUUGUCAGAAGCUGAUACGAUUCGGCGGAUUUUAGAGGAGCAACGAAGAGGGCGAAAUCAUUUCAUUCCAGAACUGCCAACACCACAUGAAGAGCCAAAGGUUGAACCAUGUGAAAAUGAGAGGGAAAACUCGUCCGGAUCAGACAGAACAAUCACCACUGAUGACGAAUCAGUAAUGAAGAGUGAUGAUGAGCCGAUAGAGAUGGAAGUUGAUCGACGAACAGUGAAAGGAAUUCUGCGGCCGUUAGGGUUGAAGAAAGAGCGUCGAAGAAUUGAAUUCGAUCCUCUUGCUCUAAUGUUGGAUGCCGCUUUGGAAGGUGAAUUGGACCUUGUGAAAUCCAGUGCAGCUAAGUUAUCUGAUGUUUCUGUUGCGAACGAUGAAGGUAUCACAGCCCUUCACAAUGCGAUUUGUGCAGGACACUACGAGAUUGUUAAGUUCCUUAUCGAAGCGGACGCCGAUGUAAACGCUCAGGAUUCUGACGGUUGGACUCCUCUUCAUUGUGCAGCCAGUUGUAACAACUUGCCCAUGGUUCGCCAACUGGUCGAAGGUGGUGCAUGUGUGUUGGCCUCCACUUUAUCAGAUAUGGAGACACCAGUGGAGAAAUGCGAAGAGGACGAAGAGGGAUACGAUGGUUGUUUACGAUACUUGACGACAGCACAUAAUGCAACUGGAGCGAUUAAUAACGGAACGGUGUACGCUGCUUAUGAUUAUGAUGCUCAGUUUGACGAUGAAUUAUCCUUCAAAGCUGGUGACGAAUUACGAGUAAUUAGUAAGGAUGACAAGGAGAAGAAUUGGUGGACAUGCGAACGAGUUGGGCAUGAUGGUGAAACUGGAUUGGUGCCGCGCACCUACGUUGCUCUUUAUCCUGCUCUACGGUACAGGAAAAGGAACAAUUUCGUCAUGUUCGAUUUGCCAAUGGAGCAGCGGAUCAACGACAUGGAUUAG